CUAAUCAGAGACUGUCCUCCUCAGAAGUUUUGCAUUAGAGUUGCAAAAUGAUGACCAUAUCUUUGAUCUGGGGGAUUGUUGUCGCAGUGUGCUGUUGUUUAUGGCUUAUUCUUGGAAUGAGGAGAAGACAAAUGGGUGAACCACCUCUGGAGAAUGGGUUGAUUCCGUACCUGGGAUGUGCUCUGAAAUUUGGUGCCAAUCCUCUUGAGUUCCUGAGAGCAAAUCAAAGGAAACAUGGUCACGUUUUCACUUGCAGAUUGAUGGGAAACUAUGUCCACUUCAUCACAAAUCCCCUGUCCUACCAGAAGGUGUUGUGCCAUGGAAAAUACUUGGAUUGGAAAAAGUUUCACUUCGCUACUUCUGCAAAGGCAUUUGGGCACAGAAGUAUUGACCCGAGUGAUGGAAAUACCACUGAUAAUAUAAGUAAAACUUUCGUCAAAACCCUGCAGGGUGAUGGCUUGAAUUCCCUCACAGAAGCCAUGAUGGAAAACCUCCAACUUGUCAUGAGACGUCCGCUGGUAUCUAAAUCAAAGGUGCCUGCCUGGGUGACAGAAGGGAUGUAUUCCUUCUGCUACCGAGUGAUGUUUGAAGCUGGGUAUUUAACUCUCUUUGGCAAAGAUCUUACAGGGCAAGAUGCACAAAAAAGACACAUUCUGAAUAACCUUGACCACUUCAAGGAAUUUGACAAAAUCUUUCCGGCUCUGGUAGCAGGCCUCCCCAUUCAUGUGUUCAAGACCGCACACCACGCUAGGGAAAAACUGGCAGAGGGCUUGAGGCAUGAGAACCUCGGAAAGAGAGACCAUAUCUCGGAACUGGUCAGGUUUCUGAAUGACAUGCUUUCCACCUUAGAUGACAUGGAUAAGGCUAAGACACACCUCGCUAUCCUCUGGGCGUCACAAGCAAACACCAUCCCGGCAACUUUCUGGAGCUUAUUUCAAAUGAUUAGGAGCCCUGAAGCAAUGAAAGCAGCUACUGAAGAAGUGAAUAAAACACUAGAGAAUGCUGGCCAAAAAAUCAGCUUUGACGGCAGUCCCAUUUGUUUAAAUCAAAUGCAACUGAAUGCCAUGCCAGUGCUGGAUAGCAUCAUCAAGGAGUCUCUGAGGCUCUCCAGUGCCUCCCUGAACAUCCGGACUGCUAAAGAGGAUUUCACUUUGCACCUCCAGGACAGCUCCUAUAACAUCCGCAAAGAUGACAUCAUAGCUCUGUACCCGCAGUUAAUGCAUUUGGAUCCAGAAAUCUACCCAGACCCUUUGACCUUUAAAUAUGAUCGAUACCUUGAUGAAAAUAGGAAGACAAAGACCACGUUCUAUAGUAACGGAAUCAAGUUAAAGUAUUACUACAUGCCCUUUGGGUCAGGAGCAACAAUAUGUCCAGGAAGAAUAUUUGCUGUCCAGGAAAUCAAGCAGUUUUUGAUUCUGAUGCUUUCCUAUUUUGAACUGGAGCUUGUGGAGAGCCAGGUUAAAUGUCCCCCUUUGAACCAGUCCCGUGCAGGCUUGGGCAUUUUACCACCAUUAAAUGAUAUUGAGUUUAAAUAUAAAUUCAAACAUUUGUGAACAUAUGGUUGGAAGCAGAGGAUACGAGAUGAUGUUACCAGCCUGCAGAACGCCAUCAUGUAUCUGUCCCUUUGGACAGUCCCUUUGGUGGUGGUGGCACUAAGGGGGGGUCCAACUCUGUACACGGAUGCUUGCUUCUGAAUCUUAACAUUUUGGUGACAGUUUCCAGAUGUUAUCUCAGGCUGCGCUAGUGAAAAAACUUCGUUUCUAGAAGCACAAUAAUUUGUUUUCAUUUGAGUAUAUCAGUGAACGUUCAUCUAGCUAGGCGCUGAAGUUCAUUAUUUUCAAAGAAAAAGUCUUUUUUUCUUUUUCCAGAAUGAAGAUAUUCUGAUUGGCAAAAGGUUUUUUCCCCCCUAAGGAAACAGGUUUAUUUUUGGAAGAAUCACCCAAUAAUUAUGAAUAAGGUACAAAUUCACGUUUUAGUGAAACCACAUGAUUUUUUGACUAGACAGGGGAUAUCUUUUUCCUUUUUUAAAAUAUAACCCUUUUAUUGUCCAGCACCUGUGAUAGUUUCAUGUCUCUCUUUAAAGACUGCAGGAAGUUUAGGGCAUUAUUAGCCCUUUUAAAGGCAAAGGAGUGGGUAGGCACAGCCAGAAGUCCGUGACUAUCGUACCACGUGGAAAUGUGCUGUUAGUACAACCAAGCCCAUACCCUCCAUGCUCCCCACCACAGUCAAAUGUAGAUGUAUAUUAUAAAAGAUAUAUGAAAUGAUUUUAUCAUGCUCUUUAAUCAAAAGGAAAUGUUUUUCGGCUUUCCCUAUAGGCCGUAUUUAGGACUUUUAAAAUGAUGACCUUGAUGUCCUGAAAAUACUAAAGGUGGUUUUAAUAUUUGCUCUUUAUGCUUUAAUGUAUUUUUGCUGGAAACCCUAAUGUCUAUGUCAGGCUUCAACUAUCUUAUCUAUAUUUUCAUUAGAUCCCAUAUUAAAAAGAAGAUUUUUUUCAGAGAAAGCAGUUUUUCUGGUACUACUAACCAUCUAUCAGUGAAGAGAAGGUAGCUUUCCUAUGAUAUCUUUUAAGAUGAAAAUGACCAUUUGAAAGCCUUGGAUGUGAAACAUACAAAGAGUUCGCUAAAUGUAGCUAGACAUUGUGUUUUAUUUAAAUAUUUUUUACCUUUAAAUGACUUGUAGUUGAAGGAAAAAUAAUUGAAGGCUAGAUAGUAGUGUUUAACUGCUGUGUACAACAGUGCUUUGAUAAAAUAUUUUGAAUAUUGGAGUUAGCAGCUAUACUAUUUUUACUGAUAUUUCUGUAUGUAUAUAUUUUUUUUGAAAGAGAGAGAGUGGGCACGCGUAGGGGUGGGGGGGAGGAGCAGAGAGAGAGGGAGAGAAUCUCAAGCAGCCUCCACA